CCGAGGCGAUCGGGACGCUCGCGCGGUGGGAGCGGCGCACGCACACGCACACUCCAUCGCGCGCGCGCGGACGCGGCGACCGAGCGCGUCAUGAAGGAAAUCAACGGAAACGCCGGGCAGAUGCUCGGGAGCGUCCGCGCGAACAAGCGAAGCACGCACCCGCUGCUCACGAAGCUCAUGCGCGCCAAACUCAGCGAGCACAGCGCGCACCUGGAGUCGCAACACUCGGACGUCGCGGACGACGACGACGACGCGGACGAUCGCGAGACGUACGACGACGCGACGGCGGAGGCGAAUAUCGCGGAGGACGACGCCGCGAACACGACGAUCGGCGGCGGCGGCGGCACGCCGUCGCGGCUCGCGCGCGCGUCGUCGUCCGCCGACGCGUCGUCCGCGCGCGCGCGCGUCUCGAAGAUGCUCUCGAUCGAGGACGACGCCGGCGCGGGCGCCGGCGGGGGGGGGUCGCCGACGGGGAUGGCGAAGACGUUCGCGGGGCUCAUCGACGCGUCGAAGCGACAGCUGGACGCGAAUCGAGGAGGAGCCUCGGGAUCGCGGCGCGGCUCGCCGAGCGCCACCGUCGACGGCGGCGCGCGGCUGUCCUCGAGCACGAGGGCGCCGACGGCGGGUCCGCGCGCGGCGUUCGGCUCUUCGUUUUUUGGACACUUCAAAUGGAACAUCGGCGGCCCGUCGAAGCCGAAGGAGCCGGAGAUGACAAAGCCGCGGCGGUGGCCGCGGCUCUCGAAGCUCCAGGCCGUGACGCUGUUCGACCGACUGUACGCGUCGCGGCCGAAGACGCUGCCGAGGGACGACCCGGACGAGACGUUCGCGCCGAAGAUCUCCGCCAAAACCAAACGCCUCGCCGCCGCCGUGCGCGCGAAAGAGAACCAGGGCGUCGAUCGCAUCGAGUACCUGCACAACAAGGGCACGAAAGAGAUACGCGAGGUGAACGACAAGAAGCUGCUCGCGGAAGGGUGGAUGCACAGCGACGAGGCGAGCGUGAACAGUCACACGAUCGACGCGACGGAUUACGCGUGCGAUCGGUAUGGCAGGCCGGGCAAGGGCACGGACCGGUACCUCGCGGCGCUACGAGACGAGGAGGAUCAAAGGAUCGCCGCGAAGUUCGCGUUCAAGCCGAAGCUGAGCGCGAAGACUAAGGCGAUCAUCGCCGCGGCGCCGAGGAGUUCGAAGACGGGGAGCGUCUACGAGCGGAAUUUGGACUGGCUCGAGCGUCGGAACCGCGCGGCGGCGGCGGCGGCGAAGGCGAAGGAGGACGAGGGCGAGCGCGAGUGCACGUUCCAGCCUCGCACGGCGACGACGGUUCCGCGCUUCGUCCGCGACAUCGCCGCGGAGCAGCGCACGAAGCGCCUCGGCGUCCCUCGCGGCUUUGGGCUGCCCCCCGCCGCGGACGAGGGCGUCGACGGCGCGCUCGUGGCGGCGACGUCGCGACCGAAGGGGUGGCUCUCGGCGUGGGCCGGAGGGAAGGGCGUGGCGCGCGUUGGGAAUACCUUUUCCGACGACUUUCGCCGCGGUUCCCCGGGGACCCGCUCACAACUCGCGCGUCCCGGAGGCUCUCUCGACGACGCGAGCUCGAGGCGACCGAGCGGCGCCGCUUACGCCGCGAGCGAGACGACGUGGGACGCGAGCGAGUACGGCGGCGACGGCGAGAGCGGCGACGAAAACGCGCGCGCGGCGGCGCACGUCGUCGGCGGCGUCGCGUUGCCGUCGGCGCUGCCGACGUCGCACCCGUUCAAGAAGCGCGAGAGCAAGCACGUCCCUCUCAAGUCCGCGCUGUCGUCGUACCGCAACCGCCACAAGGGCGAGGGCGCGAACGCGGUCAGCGAUACGAUCGAGGCGGCGCGGCUGAAGGGCGAGACGGAGACGCGCGCGACGGAUCUGGAUUACUUCGAGCGCGUCCACUUGGAGCGCGCGCACCGCGCGCGGCUCAUCGAACGCGAGAAGCUCGACAAGCUGAACAAGUCCGACGGCAGCGGGUGGAGGAACCGAGUCACGAAGCCGAAGGCGUUCACGUUCGGGAAGAAGCCGGACAUGUCCAAGGUGAAGUCGCUGCGUCGGCCGCUGGACGGCUCGGCGGCGGAGGCGCGGUCGUCGCUCGCCAACUCGGUGUCGAACCUGGCGCGGUUCCGGUUCGACGACGCGUCCCCGGCGCCGACGGGGCGCUCGGGAGGGAACGCGAACGCGAACGCGAACGACGACGUCGCGACGAGCGAGGACGAGUCGUUCGAAGACGCGGAGGAGGAGUCGUUCGCGUUCGACGAGGACGAAGACGCGGAGACGAGCGCGUUUUUGUCGCGAGGCGCGGACGACUACUACGGGUACGACGACGGAUUCGACGCGUCUCCGGACGCGGCGUCUCCGGAGGCGGACGCGUCGCGCCGCUCGCGCGGGCCCCGAGGGUGGGACGCGCGAUACGACUACGACGACAGCGAGGACGAGAGCACGCAGAGGGACGGCGCGAGCCCGGCGGGCUCGGAGCAGAGCUCGAAGCUCGCGUCGUUGCACGAGGAGCGGCGGCGGCUGAAGCUGGAGCAAGAGCUCGGCCGGCGGACGGUGUAUUGACGGAUGGACGGAUGGACGGUCACACUGGUCCCCAUACGACCGCGUCGGCGCGGUGAACGCUGAUCCUUAAGGACUUUCGUGAUGGAUGGAUCGAUCGAUCGCGGCGCGCGGCGACGGCGACUCGGGUGCUCGGUAGUUAAUUUAUUUAACGACAACGUACGCGAAGCGUACGGUACGCACAGUGUGCGAUGACGACU